CUCCGAUUCACAGCUUCAUCCCGACGCUCCAAUCGGAGGGGGCGGGGCAUGGCGUCGUGAAGAUGCUUCAGAUGAAACACGGGAAGGCAAGUUUUCUAUUUCAAGAUUGCGCUGAGCAUGAAAACUCAAGUGGUGCGUGCUGGUUUAUGUGAUCAUCAGAGCAGCCCAGAGCUGUGCUGAGAGGCUGAAGCAAAUUCAUCAAGAUACUCCCCAACAACGGACACAGCCAUGGAGGAUUUCACACGCUCAGAUGUCGAUGCUGAGAUGACAAUGUUGACAUCUGACGAUGUUACAGGGCAGAGCGCUGGUCCCAGUGAUGAGGUGGAAAUCCUUCAGAACAGUUUACGAGAGGCCGUCCAUGAUGACAACAUCCAGCCAAAGAUGCAGUGCCUUAUGAUGGACGCCUCUUUCUCCAUGGUAACAGUGCAAGGUGAGGACAGUGGGAUUGCCUGGGAGACGACCCCAAGUGUCAGCUCUACAUCGUGGGCUUCUGAGGCCACAGAUGUCUCUCCAGCUUCGAUGCAAGCUGCAGCACCUGGGUCACAGCCAGCAGGAAAGAUUAUAUUUGUCAUGGAUGAGGAGAUGAUUUCAAGACAAAGGAAAACUAAAGAGAAAGAGAGUAGUCAGAAGAGCAAAGCAGAAAAACAAGACAUUCUGGCAGAGAGCUUUGGGAACUUCUCAGGACGUCCAGAGUUAGUGGAAGUCUCUCAACCAAAUGUAAAAGUCGAAGGAGAAGAAGAUGAAGAGGUAGCGCCUUGUCCUCUAGCAGAUAAAGAGCAGUGCCUGUUCAGUAUAGUGUCUGAAGGUUCGGAAAUCCUCAACAUUGUGGUUCCCCCUAAACUGGCUACCGUGGAUGAAGAGGAGAGCAAGGAAAUGUUGGAUAAUCUGUCAUAUCUGGAGGACAGUUCUGUCCCUAAAGCCACUGAGGACACCCAAGACAACGAGCUGCUGAUUUCAACUGAAUCAGAAAUGGAGCCAAGUAACCAGCUCAGUCCUCCACAUCGUACAUGUCCAGGUACAAUGGAUCCACCAGGGGCUCCAGUGGCCAGACCUCCAGGCCGAGGAGCUACUGGCAACCUGGACUACUUUGAGGCCUUCUCACUGAUAGAUGCCCAGGCUCCGGGAAGUCCUGCUGUUAUUGCACACCAGGAAUCAGUGACAGAAGCCACUACAGAUAGUCGGGAAACAGAGAAGCCAAUGCAGUUUGAAGACCACGCCAUCAAUAAAAGUGUGAACAAUGACAAGUUAGACACAGUCAGUUUACAGGAAAUCACUAGUGAGCUUCUAGAUGAUGUUUUCUAUGGCGGCACAGACAAUUACCCUAUAAAAAGUCUGGACAGCACAGACGAAUUAGGACCAAAAGGUCCAAAAUCCAGGCUCCCUUCCAAACCAAGUGGUUCAUCUUUGUUCAGUAGCCAAGAGGAUAUCCUAACUCCGAUCUUUCUACCUGAAGGACCACCAAAAAUUAUUGACCCGAUUUUACUGGAAGAACCAAAAGCAAUGGCUUUUCUUUACACUGACCUGUACGAAGAAGCAUUGGGCAGCUGGAAAAAAGAUGAGGACACUGAAAGUAUGACCUCUGAGAAGUCCUUCCACAGCAGGCACUCAGACCGAGAGGCCCGAGGAUACUUAGAGAAAUAUGCCCUCAUAGACGAGACCCCUGCUGUGGAGGUGGAACAGCCAGAAAAAGAAAAAUGCCCAGCGGAAGAAGAUCGAAUACUACCCCAAGACUUGCUUGACUUUGAAGAUGCUCUGCUCAAGUCUGAAAAAGACAUGCGAAGGUCUGAAGAAGUCACAGAUUUCUUUAGGUCCAGUGCCAAUUCUUCUCCCUGCGACAUAGACCCUUUCCCUCGAACCCCAGAAGACAACGACACACAAACAAAGAGUGAAACCAAGACACAAAAACGUGUCUCGAUAGCGGUAGAAAAAGUAACAGAAACUCCUGUUGAUCUGCUUGAAUCUUCAAGCUUUGUGUUCCCCUCUGAAAAACCAGACUGGGAUAUUACAGAUCAUCAUCCUCUGGCUGAAGAUGAGAGACGUGUCAGCAUUUGUAAAGAUGAGGAGAAGCUGAAACAAGGUUCAGAGACAAAUAUGCCAGCUGUUCCUCCCAGAAGGAAGGCAGCCUCCUCUACUAAAGGAUGCUUGGAUCUGACACCUCUGACUCCAGUUGAUGGGAUUUCACAGGAGAAAGAAGAGGUUGGAGGGAAGGAGCAAAGAGUGGAGGAGAAAGAGACAGCUUCACCAGUGGAGACUGCAGAUGAGGGGGACGGAGACGGAGAGGAGAACGUACGGGCCAUCUCUGAAGUUACACUACAGGAGAGCACCCUGGCUGAACUGAAAACUGGCUCCGCAGAAAGUGAAAGUGUAAAAGCAUGCAACAAAACCACUGUCCAGGACGCAAAACCAGCUGAGAAGAAAGACGCAAAAACGUCCGAAGAAGAGGGAAGAAGUGAAAUGGAAACAGCUGCAGAACAAACAGGACUGGAGGAGACAGAUGACCAGUCAGAUGUUAAAACAGAGCUGAUUCCAGAGAAACAGGAAGACUGUCCAACCACCGCAUCAGUGGAACCAGCUAAAAACAAAUGGCAGUGUUUCAUCCUUUAGUCAACAACAUUUUUACCAACAAAAAUCUAACAUUCAUGAGUGCACUUCUCCCAUUGUUAUUACCAUAGCAACAAAUCUCUAGUUUUUAAAAAUACAACUCCAAUACCAAAACAGCUGUGACACUGAAUAAAGUGUAAUUAAAAGCUGAA